UCACUCUCUCUGUAUGUUUUAUGCCUUUAUAUACUUACUGCUGCAGCUUUAUCAGAAAAUGUUUGUAAGAUUCAAGAAAGAUUUCAACUUCAGACAUUAUAUAAAACAGGUGAUAUUAUGUUAGGAGGGAUAUUUGAGUUAAGUUAUAAAACAAUUGUUCCAGAUUUAUCUUUCAAACAUAAACCAGAACACUGGAAAUGUGACAGUCUGGAUUUUGAAGUGUUUCAGUGGGCACACACAAUGAUUUUUGCCAUUGAAGAAAUCAAUCAAGAUCCAAUGCUUCUUCCCAAUAUAACACUAGGCUACAGGUUAUAUGACAACUGCAUAAAGCUACAGGUUGCUCUGAGAUCUGCAAUAAGUUUGAUUGGUGGACUAAAUGACAGCAUUCCUGAUAGCGACUGCAGAGGACUGCCUCCUGUUGUUGGCAUUGUUGGCGAUCCAUUUUCAUCACAUUCAAUUGCCAUUUCAAGAAUUCUGGGUCUGUUCAGAAUGCCUCUGAUCAGCUAUUACGCCACUUGUUCUUGCUUAAGCAAUAAGAUAGACUAUCCAUCAUUCUUCAGGACCGUACCCAGUGACGCAUUUCAAGUUAAAGCUAUGGUACAAAUUAUUAAACAUUUUGGAUGGACAUGGGUGGGGGUCAUAGGAACUGAUGAUGACUAUGGGCAAUAUGCAGUAAAUAGUUUCCAUGAAGAAUUUAAAAAAUUUGGAUGCAUUGCUUUUACAGAAACGUUUCCCAAAGCCCAAGAAAGUAUAAAGUAUCUUCAGAUAGUAAAUACCAUAAAAGACUCAACUGCAAAAGUCAUUGUGGUUUUUUCUCCAAGAGCAAACUUAAUAAUCUUAUCCGCCGAGAUCAUUCGGCAAAACAUAACUGGGAGACAAUGGAUUGCCAGUGAGGCAUGGAGUACCUCUAAUAUUUUAGCAACUAAUGAGAACUUUCCGUUUUUUGGUGGGACAAUUGGUAUUGCUAUUCGCAGAGGGGAAAUCCCAGGACUGGUUAAUUUUCUUCUCCAGAUCCGACCCAGUUCAGAUCCAAACAAUAAUUUAGUUCCUCGCUUUUGGGAGACAAUGUUUGGAUGUAAAUUUCAAGCAAGCAUAAAUAAUGAAAACGAUUCCACACUUUCAGUUACCAAAUUUUGCACAGGAUAUGAAGAUAUUAAAAGCAACAGGACUGCAUAUACUGAUGUGUCUGAAUCAAGGGCUACAUAUAACGUUUAUAAAGCCGUGUAUGCUUUAGCACAUGCACUCCACCAAUUAAUGCUCUGUGAAAAUGGAAAAGGGCCCUUUGAAAACAAUACUUGUGCUGAUAUCAAAAGUCUGCAACCUUGGCAGCUGAUGUAUUAUCUAAAGAAAGUCAAUUUCACCAAUCGACUUGGAGAAAGAGUGGCAUUUGAUGAAAACGGGGAUGCUCUUGCAAUUUAUGACAUAGUAAACUGGCAAAGAGCUGGUGAUGGCUCAGUGAUCAUUAAAACUAUAGGUGUUUAUGACAAAGCAGCCAGUAAAGGACAAGAGCUCUUCCUUAGUGAAAAGGACAUCUUUUGGAACUUUUAUUCUGGAAAGGUUCCAGAGUCUGUCUGCAGCAAAAGUUGCCAACCUGGAACUAGAAAAGCCACUAGGAAUGGACAGCCUGUCUGCUGUUUUGAUUGUGUGUCAUGUGCAGAUGGAGAAAUUAGCAAAGAAAAUGAUUCCAUUGAAUGCUCUCAGUGCCCAUCUGAUUUCUGGUCAAAUCCUUCUAAGACUCAGUGCAUUCUAAAGGAGAUUGAAUUUCUUUCAUAUGAAGAUGCUAUGGGAAUAACACUCACAACAACAGCGAUAUUUGGAAGUUGCCUGUCUGUUAGUGUUUUAAUAGUUUUCAUUUACUAUCGAAAUACUCCAGUUGUAAAAGCCAACAAUUCAGAACUGAGCUUCCUUUUGCUUUUUUCUUUAACACUCUGCUUUCUUUGUUCACUUUGUUUUAUCGGAGAGCCUUCAAAUGCAAGCUGCAUGUUGAGACAUGUGGUGUUUGGAAUCAGCUUUGUUCUGAGCAUUUCUUGCAUUCUCGUAAAAACAAUUGUUGUCAUUAUGGCAUUUAAGGCCACACUGCCGGGAAAUAAUAUGAUGAAGUGGUUUGGUGUAACACAGCAGAGAGGCACAGUCUUCAUGUUUACUUUUAUUCAGUCACUUAUAUGUGUGGCUUGGUUGACCUCAGCCCCACCAUUUCCCUCCAAAAACACUAAGCAUCAGAACUCAAAAGUUAUACUUGAAUGUGAUGUUGGAUCUCUGAUUGGAUUUAGCUCCCUUCUGGGAUAUAUAGGAUUGUUAGCCGGCAUUUCUUUUGUAUUGGCUUUUCUUGCAAGAAACCUUCCAGACACCUUCAAUGAAGCCAAGUUCAUUACCUUCAGCAUGCUCAUCUUCUGCGCUGUCUGGAUAACAUUCAUACCUGCCUAUAUCAGCUCUCCUGGAAAGUACACAGUGGCAGUCGAGAUUUUUGCAAUUCUGGCAUCAAGCUUUGGUCUACUUGGUGCAAUAUUUGCCCCAAAGUGUUAUAUUAUUCUGUUCAAGCCCGAACGAAAUACAAAGAAAGCUCUUAUGGGCAGAUAA